AUGUUCCUCCUUGGAAUGUCUGUUGAAGCAGUAUAUCGAGAAGAACAAAACUGUGCUUCGAAAUCAGGCGACGUCCAUCUGCAACUUGGAAUUACAGAUGGGCCAGAUUGCGAGCGAGCUAAAGAACAGACCGCAAGAGGCCCUAUCGAGUUCAAUAGAACUCCCACGCAACCUAGGGGGAACAGUGAAGCGAUUGAGGAGAUGCCUGCAUAUGCGAAGUGUCUAAAGGAUAUGGUAACCAAGAAGAGAGGCACUGCCGAAAAUGACUUCUACUGCUUUUUGGAUGGGUAUGCCAGAUUGGAAAAUCCUGAGGUUGACUGCAAUGAGACAGAGGUGAGUGCGGUGUUCCUAGACGAGCAGCUGUUUCAUAUUGAGGAAUUUCCAUGGUACACCGACAUAGUCCACUAUUUAGUUUACGAGCAAUUUCCUGAAGAGUACUCCGAUCACCAAAGGAGGAGGCUCAAACACGAAUGCAGAUCAUAUUUUUGGGAUGAGCCAAAUCUGCACUUUGGAGGACAACGCACCGUAGCUAAAGUAUUACAAAGUGGAUUCUAUUGGCCAACACUGUUUAGGGAUGCAACUGACUACGUGACAAGUGUGACCGGUGCCAACGCACAGACGAAUGAUCAAGCUGAGGUGUCUAAUCUAGAUCAAGCUGAUACUAGAGAAGGUGGUAAAGCCUUCGCGAAAGGAUUGGACAAUAAAGCUUGA